CGUACCGUAGUCCACAUCUAACGACGGUUACGAACAAACAUAUCGUACACGGAAUCGAGGAAAUCAAAAGGAUCGAAAAGGAAUGACCGUAUCAAGUAGAAGAGUAUUCUGUUCCUAAAGUUUUGAAUAAAAUACGUGAAAGAAUUAUUGUCAACGAACGAUGGAGGCUGGUGCGAGUACAGGUACUCGUACGACGCGAUUUAUGAUGGAAGGUGUCGGUGCCCGAGUGAUUCGUGGGCCGGAAUGGAAGUGGGGAAAACAGGAUGGUGGAGAAGGUCACGUGGGAACUGUUAGAAAUUUUGAAUCUCCAGAAGAAGUUGUAGUUGUUUGGGAUAAUGGUACAGCGGCUAAUUAUCGUUGCUCUGGAGCAUUUGAUCUGCGUAUACUGGAUUCAGCACCAACUGGAGUAAAGCAUGAUGGAACAAUGUGUGACACCUGUCGCCAACAACCUAUUUUUGGAAUUAGAUGGAAAUGUGCCGAAUGUGGCAAUUAUGAUCUUUGUUCUAUCUGUUAUCAUGGAGACAAGCAUCAUUUGAGGCAUAGAUUUUUCCGCAUUGCUACGCCAGGAAGUGAGAGAGUUUUGCUGGAGCCUCGAAGAAAAAGCAAAAAAAUUGCAAUUCGUGGUAUAUUUCCUGGUGCAAGAGUUGUACGUGGUGUAGAUUGGCAAUGGGAAGAUCAAGAUGGUGGAAAUGGUCGACGAGGUAAAGUUAAUGAAGUGCAAGACUGGUCCGCAGCUAGCCCACGCUCAGCAGCUUAUGUUAUUUGGGAUAAUGGUGCCAAGAAUUUGUACAGAGUUGGUUUUGAGGGAAUGGCGGAUUUGAAAGUUGUCAAUGAUGCAAAAGGACAAACGGUAUACAGAGAUCACUUACCGUUAUUGGGUGAACAAGGUCCAGGUCGAACAGGACCUCAUGGCCUUCAAAUUGGUGAUCAGGUCAAUGUCGAUUUAGAAUUGGAAAUUGUGCAAUCGUUACAACAUGGCCAUGGAGGUUGGACAGAUGGAAUGUUUGAAUGCCUCGGCACUACAGGAACAGUUGUUGGUAUCGACGAAGAUCAUGAUAUCGUUGUAUCGUAUCCAAGCGGCAAUCGAUGGACUUUUAAUCCGGCUGUACUUACUAAAGUUCAGAUACCUGUGCCUGUUACCAGCUCGAGUUCUGACAAUCAGACAUUUGCAGUUGGAGAUUUGGUUCAAAUAUGUAAUGAUAUAGAAAAGAUUAAAUUACUUCAACGUGGUCACGGCGAAUGGGCUGAAGCAAUGGCUCCAACUUUGGGGAAAAUAGGACGAGUACAACAGAUAUAUCAUGAUGGAGAUUUAAAAGUAGAAGUCUGUAGUACAUCAUGGACAUAUAACCCUCAAGCUGUUACAAAAGUUGCUAGUAGCGACGGAAGUGUACAAGGGAAUAGUAGUGGUGAGCGAUUAUCGGCACUAUUAAAAAAAUUAUUUGAAACUCACGUUUCGGGCGAUGUUAACGAAGAAUUAGUAAAAACUGCAGCGAAUGGCGACGCUGCUAAAUGCGAAGAAUGUUUGAAACGACCAGAAGCUGAUGUAAACGGAGUAUUCGCUGGUCACACUGCUUUACAAGCAGCAAGUCAGAACGGUCAUUUAGAAGUUAUCAAAAUACUCCUUCGGUAUAAAGCGGACGUAGAGAUAGAAGAUAAGGACGGUGACAGAGCCGUUCACCAUGCUGCAUUUGGCGACGAACCGGGAGUUAUGGCACUUCUCGCUGGUGCCGGCGCCGAUCUAAACGCCCGAAAUAAAAGACGUCAGACCGCUCUUCAUAUUGCAGUGAAUAAAGGACACGCAGGCGUGGUGCGAACCUUGUUGGAACUAGGAUGUCACCCGAGUUUGCAGGACUCGGAAGGCGACACACCCCUUCACGACGCGAUCUCUAAGAAACGGGAUGACAUGUUGGCUCUGUUGUUGGACCAUGCCGCAGACAUCACCCUCACCAACAACAAUGGCUUCAACGCUCUGCACCACGCUGCUCUUCGUGGCAACCCAAGCGCGAUGCGGGUGCUGUUGUCGAAAUUGCCGCGGCCUUGGAUCGUCGACGAGAAGAAGGACGACGGCUACACCGCCCUUCAUCUGGCAGCGCUGAAUAAUCACGUGGAGGUCGCCGAGCAGCUGGCACGUGCCGGGAAGGCCGACCUGGACUUGCAGAAUGUCAACCUGCAGACCGCGCUGCAUCUCGCGGUCGAGCGACAGCAUACGCAGAUCGUUCGGUUGUUGGUUCGCGAAGGCGCGAAUCUGAAUGUCGCCGAUAAGGAUGGGGACACACCUUUGCACGAGGCCUUGCGUCACCAUACAUUGUCGCAGCUGCGGCAGCUGCAGGAUGUGCAGGAUGUCGGGCGGUUGCUGAUGGGCCUGGGCACCCAAGGCCAGGACAAGAAGAGCAGCUCCUUCAUCGCCUGCUUCCUGGCGGCCCACGGCGCCGAUCUCGAGCUGAAGAAUAAAAAGGGUCAGACGCCCUUGGAUCUCUGUCCGGACCCGAACCUCUGCAAGACUCUCACCACCUGCCACAAGGAUAAGGAGUCACACGACAUCGAGGCCGCCGUACCGUCAGCGGCAAUCGACGAGUGUCUCGUGUGCUCGGACGGCAAACGGGAGAUGCUGUUCGGCCCCUGCGGACACAUGGCUUGUUGCAACGCAUGUGCUCCGAGAGUGAAAAAAUGCCUCAUCUGCCGAGAAAACGUCCUUUCACGUGUGAAGAUCGAAGAAUGCGUGGUGUGUUCCGAUCGCAAGGCAGGCGUGUUGUUCCGUCCGUGUGGACACAUGUGCGCCUGCGAGAGCUGCGCGGCCCUGAUGAAGAAAUGCGUGCAGUGUCGGGCCCAGAUACAGCAUAUGGUUCCACUGUCGGUGUGCUGCGGCGGUGGAGGCGAUGUUACUUACGUGAAAGGAUGCAACGCUUCAGGGACGAUAUCCGACGAUGUGAAGGCGGACCCCGAGGAAGAGCCGGUACCGUCGAACAACGUAGUCGGGGAAGCUCUUCUAAUGAACAACGGCAGCCGAGAUACUUCCCACAGCGACAUACAAAAACUGCAGCAGCAAUUGCAGGACAUCAAGGAGCAGACUAUGUGUCCGGUUUGCUUGGAUCGUCUGAAAAACAUGAUCUUCCUGUGCGGACACGGUACCUGCCAAAUGUGUGGCGACCGGAUGUCGGAGUGUCCGAUAUGUCGCAAAGCGGUCGACAAGCGCAUUCUGCUCUACUAAAAAUAAAAGAUCGCCGAGUCGCGGUUGCGCACGCUGAAUUUUUUCGUCGGUAAUUAUGAGAGGGCGAAUUAAACCCACCACGAUACAUUUCGUGAUUACGAGAGGAAAGGGAAAGCCGUGGUUUCUUUGUAUCACAUUUAUUUCUAACAACGACAUUCUGACGAGUCGAUUUGCGCAAAGCGCCUUAUAAGCGUUAAAGAUAUAAAAAAUAUUUAUAAAUAUUAAUCAUGGAAUCGAUAAUCUUCGAGCUGCAAUGGUCCGUAAAAAUGUACGAUGGCUGAAAAACUGAUAGAGUGAAUGGCGAUUAGCUACGUCAAACGCGAAGUGCGCACAAUGAUUAUUUAAUAUUUGCAUUUAUAACAAAAUAGCGAGAGAGAGAGAGAGAGAGAGAGAGAGAGAGAGACGUUUGACACGAUAAAUUAUACGUCACGUUGUUGAAGCAUGAUGCAACCGUAACGCGCG